AUGUCGCCCAUGACCUUUCUACAAAAACUCCCUGGCUCGACCGAGCCCUACGCAGGAUGUGUUGCUAACAGGUCUCAGAACACGGAGACCCCGGGUGAUUGGCAACCGGCUUUCUAUCCAACCUAUCCCGGCGAGUGCGCCGACGCCCAGGCGCAGCCCCGCUGGGAAGACAACGAAGGCCUUCCGGGAGCGUACAUGCCCGCCGUUGCUUUCCACAAGUACCAAGGUCCCAUCGACGGCUCAUGCCGCCCGGGAGAAGGGAUCUAUGCCCCGGAGUUUCUGCGCUCUACAUACGUCAAGGGCUUUGACGGAUCGACGAGCCAGUCCAUUGCGUCGGCGGUGGUCUUCCACGACUCCAGCCUGGCCGGUUGCUUCGGGGUUCACUCUUAUCAACCAGUACCUCGGACCGGUAGUGGCAUGCCAGACCCUGAACGAGUAGCCACGUCUCUUGGACAGCUGAGACACCGGAAGGUGUCGGGUGGCCCUGCGACAUGCUUGACAUUGACAUCGUCGCCGCCCGGCCCGACGACGUUGCCCAACGGCUCAUGCAGUUCCAAGGACAUGUACAUGGUGUCCCCUCGCCCAUACCCCUUUCCCGAGCAUCGACCUACGGCGAACCCCCAGCACGGUGAGGCGGAAAUACGUUCCCACCUCGGCGCCGCCAGUAUGAGCAAUGUCAUCCCCGAACAAGAGAAGCCGGCAGGCUCCGAAACGGCCAAGACAGGCGACUGGAGGAAACGUACCAUGACGGGGGAAGAGCUCCGAGCUAUAACAGACACCAGCCAGCUUAGUGCGUGCAUUCGGUGCCGCAUGCAGCGCCUCAGGUGCGAGGUCGACCCGGAAGACUACCAGGGACCUUGUCUUACCUGCUCCAGAGUCGACAUGAGUUCCGGCAAAGUCGUCCACCAACAGCCCUGUAUUCGAAUCAAGCUCUCCGACGUCGUCCUAUACAUUGACCCCAGCACGGCGCAUUCUAACACGCAGGGGUUGCCUGUGAAAGCCUGCGGUCCCCGACAGUGGCAUAGCGAGACCACGCACCAGAUCCACCUCAUGAUGAGGGGACUCUGCUCGGUGCCUAUGGUGAUCGAGGUGCGACGGUUCAUCGAAACCCCCGGUGACAAAGUCCACUACAUCUGGCUUGACGAGGGCAGCGGCGAGGUUCAAGAGACGGCACUCGAGCCAUACGCGCUCGUCAGCGUCGAGGAGACGCGCAAAGUCUUUGAGAAAUACGUUGACGCCAACGCCGUCGGCAGCUGGGAGGAAACGACCAAGAGGGGCAAUGCCAGCCAGCUCAUCCAGGAGCAUUACAGGACGGCCCUGGAGCAUUACCGCAAGGUCGGCAACGUCGGGAGGUUGGUUGACGAAAGGCUUCUGUUGAACUUCUUCAAGCUGCGCUUAGCACUUCGAGUCAGUAUGCAUCCUUCGUGGGUCUACGACAGAAACGACAAAAGCGUCUACUGUCUGGGCAUGGCGCCGGCUAAAGGGGACUUCCAUCCUCUGCUCAACCGAGUCCCAACUCCUCCGACAAUCACCGAACAGCUCAACUCGAUUAGCCACGGCGUAAUGCUCAAGUACCACAAGCAGGUGCUGGAAGAUCUUGAGAAGAUCUGCUGCAAGAAGAUCCGGACAUCUUUCUUUACAGUCUACGUCGUCGUAUUCCUGAUGCUGCACGGGCUUGCCGUCGCAACAGAACACCACCGCCUGGACGCACCCUUGUGCUGUGGCACAGAGCAGAAACAAAGGCGGCAAGACGGGUACCUCGCGUACCUCAACACAGUGAAGAAGAGCAGCCACAUCCUGCUGCUCCAUUGGCAGUACUACAGAAGGGCGCCCAACUCCCUCUGUCCAGCGGACGGCAGCACCGUCGACCACAUCACCAAGUGGUUCUGGCCAGGGCUGAGCAGCGAGCACGAGAGGUUUUGCCAAGAGAACUGGAAAAAGAUGAGGGAGAUGCAAGAGGACGCCCGCUGUCUUAAGCAGAGAAGCUUCGGCAGCCCCUUUUACUGGAUCUCUCAGAUGUUUGACGAUGAUUGGUCUUUGGAGGAUUUCCGGCCCUGA